AUGCAGCAGCAGCAACCGCAACCUGUUCCAGCCUCUCCACCCGUUUCUGCAGCCCCUUCUGGAUCAAAGCUUCGUCUUCCUCUUCCCACGAAGUUUGAUGGUGACCCUAAGUUGUGUAGAGGCUUUAUAACUCAAUGCUCCAUGCACCUGGAGCUCAUGGCGGAUCCCGACAGAACGAGCGAAGGUGGCGUUUGUGGUAAGCCUCUUGUCCCUUUCUGGGAUCAUGGUGACCCAAUUUCCUCUAACCUUAUGUCCUUCCUAGCUGAAUUCCGCAGCGUUUUUGAAGAACCCGCACAAGCCUCCUCUGCCGAGACGGCUCUUCUGAACCUAAGCCAAGGGAUUAUGUUGUUCAGUUUUGCACCCUCGCUUCAGAAUUGGCAUGGAACGACGAAGCCUUGUGUGCUACAUUUAAAAAAGGACGCUCUUGCUGCAUGUGAUCCUCCGACUAACCUGUGUGAACUAGUUCAUCUAGCCACACGCAUUGAUGCGCAUUUUCCUGAGAGGCAGGAAGAACUUUUUUCUGGGAAAUGCUUGCAUCUAGGGCACGUGGGAGAGGCAUACCUAGAUGUGAAUACUAUCUCUCCUAGCUUGAUUAUACCUGUUCAAAUCCACGCUUCUGCCAUGACUUCUUUCUUUGCUUCUGCAUUCUUGGACUCCGGUUCCACUGGCAACUUCAUUGAUGCCUCUCUGGUACAUGAAUAUCAUCUCCCUGUAACUCGUCUAGCCAAGUCUUUGUUCAUUUCUUCAGUCAAUGGACAAAAUCUGGACUGUAAGGUUGACGCUUCGUCUGUAGGAAUUGGUGCCAUUGUUACCCAGAAAAACUCCAAUGGUAAGUCUGUAACCUGUGGUUUCCUUUCAAAAACCUUCUUGCCAGCAGAGAGGAAUUACUCCAUUGGAGAUCGAGAACUUCUUGCUAUAAAACUACUCAUAGAGGAGUGGCGACAUUUGUUGGAAGGGUCUCCUCAUCUGACUCGGCACUCUUUAGCUCUAGUCUUUUCCCGCAUGAAAACCCAGACAGAUAAGAAAAGAAGACCUCCUCCGUCUCAUAAGGUUUGGUUAUCUUCCAUGUACAUUCGCUUCAAGAUUCCUAGCUAUAAGUUGGGUCCUCGUUUCUUGGGUCUGUUACAGAAAAUCAAUCCAGUCUCAUAUAAACUCUGUUUGCCUUCUUCUCUAUGCAUUCCUAACUCUUUUCAUGUGUCAUUCCUCAAGCCUCUGACUCAAAAUUUUGAGGGUUCUACAGAUGAGCUGGGAGUUUGUCAUUGCUCUGUUGUUCUUCCGGAUUCUACAUUUCCAGCAGAUCGCUUUGAGAUGCUAGAGAUCUCCAACUGGAAUUUGAGUAUCACUGUCCAGAAGGAAAUCACAAAGAUCCAGCACUAUGAGAGUACCCUGAUUAUUUACAUGGAGCGGCUGAUUAACCUGACUAAACGAGUGGAGGUAAUGGAGAUGGGAGGUCUGUCAUACACCGAGCUGGACUUCGAGCUGGUCAAGUUAGAGAUUAAAGAAAUAGAAUCCCUGAUAUGGCAGCUGAAAAUUUCAAUGAACAGUACCAAUGUUGUGGUGGAAACUCUGUAUUUGGAGAUACGUAACUUAUCUGUCUUGGUGAACCAACUGGAGGUCUAUGACAAGAACAACGUUCUAGUGAUCAGAAAGGAAAUUGCAGCUUUGAAAAAACGUUUGGAGGAUUGUGAGAAGAAUGAAACACGACCACAACCUCCACUUCCUCCAGUCAACUACGGCAAGUGUGACCAUGGAGAAAUAAUGAAUAUCACCAAACCUUUUAUAGUACAACUGAAUUAUGGGGGAUCCGGUAACCCAAUUGGAGGUUGGGGAAAUGAUGCACUUCUUGGAGCUGACCAAAGUAUUCAUUGGGUGGCUCUUGUCCAAGUUGAUAACAGAAUCAUGUAUUCCAUACGUAUCUUCAGCUCCUAUGAUAGUCUCUUGAUCUACCAAGUUAAGGAAGAAAAGAUUGUUCGAACAGUAAGCGGUAAUAUCUGGGUGUAUACAAAUUGUGGACAAGGAGGUGGCAUGGUUGUGUUCAACAAUACACUGUACUAUAACUGCUAUAACACUCAGAAUCUCUGUAAAUAUAACUUACAGACAACCACAGUAGAGCGCAGGGUUCUUACUGAUGCCACAUACAACAAUCGGUUUUCAUACUCCUCAUCAGCUUGGCAGGACAUAGACUUUGCAACUGAUGAAGAUGGUCUUUGGGUCAUUUAUACCACGGAAGCAGAUGGUGGUAAUAUUCAUAUUGCUAAAGUUAAUCCCAUUACUCUUGAGGUGAUGCAGACAUGGGCCACUACCCAGUUCAAGCGUGGUGUUACCAAUGCAUUCAUGGCAUGUGGAGUCCUGUAUGCCACUAGAGCCCUCAGCACAAGUAAAGAAGAGAUAUUUUAUAUGUAUGACACUAAGGCAAACAAAGAAGGCUACCUAAGCGUGCAGUUUGAUAAGGUAAAGGAGAACAUUCAUAGUCUCAACUACAACCCUAACAAUCACAAGCUCUACAUGUUCAAUGAUGCUUAUAUGGUCACGUAUGAUCUUACUUUCAAACAACUUAAAUAAAAAGGUUCUCAAAUUUAAAAUCAAGAAUUUGCCAGUGACAAUCCAUAUUCAAGAAUCCCAUGGCCUUUUGAUGAUUAUUGCUAAAAGGGGUUGUUAAAAAUUAGAGUACAGGUUGUUUUUUUACCCCAGAAAUAGCUCCACUCCAUUCCAUGGGCUGUGUCUGGUAUUGCAGUUCACCCCUAUUUUCCUGAAUAGAGCUAUGCAUCCAGACACUGCCUGAGGAAAGAGGGGUGAUGUUUCUGGGAAGGGAACAGUCCAUUUUUAUUUUUUUGGGUACAGAAGAAUAAAAUCUACAACCCUGACAAUUUUAUAUUUGAUUGAUGUUUGCUUUUAAUAUAUAUUUUUUCAUUUCAUUCAAAUAAAACCAUAUGUUAUUGCAGCUUUGUGUGUUAUUAUUA